UAGUGUAUGACACUUCCGGCGGCCGGUUAAGUCUAGGGGAGGAGGAGGAGGAAGCGGCGGCGGCGGCUCCCCGGGAACCUCAGAAUCCUCCCCCUCUCCCUUUCCCCCCUCCCCCGUGUGACCCGGAUUCCCCUCCCCCCUUCCCCCGCGGCGGUCGCGACCAUGGAACGCAGGUGGUGGGCAGUGUUGGUGCUGGUCACUUUCCCCACUCUGGGAAUGGGAGGGGAGGUUUCGGAGGCUGCCCCAGAACACUGGACCCAGUUCUGGUUCGUCAGAUUCCUAGUGAAUGCUGCUGGCUAUGCUAGCCUUAUGGUGCCUGGCUACUUCCUGGUCCAGUACUUCAAGCGAAGGAAUUAUCUAGAGACAGGCCGGGGCCUUUGCUUCCCUGUUAUACGGGACUGUGUUUUUGGCAAUGAGCUCAAGCCUUCAGAUGAGCCCCCAGCAGUUCCCCGCCCAGAACUGACAGAAACCACCAGAACUCGACAGCUCCUCAAGCUGCUUUUCUGUACUGGGGGGCUUCAGGCAUCAUACCUGACUUGGGGUGUACUACAGGAGCGAGUAAUGACACGAAACUAUGGGGCUACAGAUAAAAUACCUGGAGAGCGUUUCACUGACUCCCAGUUCCUGGUGCUGAUGAACAGAGUGCUAGCACUGACAGUGGCUGGCCUGUGUUGUGUGCUCUGCAAACAGCCCCGGCAUGGGGCACCCAUGUACCGAUACUCCUUUGCCAGCCUCUCUAACAUCCUUAGCAGCUGGUGCCAGUAUGAGGCCCUCAAGUUUGUUAGCUUCCCCACACAGGUGCUGGCAAAGGCCUCCAAAGUGAUCCCUGUAAUGCUCAUGGGCAAACUGGUGUCCCAUCGCAGCUAUGAGCACUGGGAAUACCUGACUGCUGGCCUCAUUUCUAUUGGGGUCAGCAUGUUCCUGCUGUCCAAUGGGCCUGAGCACUACUUUUCCCCAGCCACCACGGUCUCAGGCUUCAUCCUGCUUGCUGGCUACAUUCUUUUUGACAGUUUUACCUCCAACUGGCAAGAUGCCCUAUUUGCUUACAAGAUGUCCUCAGUGCAGAUGAUGUUUGGGGUCAACCUCUUUUCUUGUCUCCUCACAGUGGGCUCAUUGAUACAGCAAGGGGCUCUGGUGGAGGCAACGAGGUUCAUGGGUCGGCAUGGAGAGUUUGCUGCCCACGCCCUGUUGCUAUCCAUCUGUUCAGCCUUUGGCCAGCUCUUCAUUUUUUAUACCAUUGGGCAGUUUGGAGCUGCCACUUUCACUAUUAUCAUGACCUUGCGGCAGGCCUUCGCUAUUUUUCUCUCUUGUCUCAUUUAUGACCACACUGUCACUGUGGUUGGGGGUCUAGGCAUGGCAGUUGUUUUUUCUGCCCUCUUCCUUCGAGUGUAUGCCAAAAGGCGCCUGAAGCAGCGGGGAAAGAAAGUACCUCCAAAUGAGGCUCCAAUACAAAAGGUCUGAGACAAGAGAAAAUGGUGUUUAGGAAAAAGUAACCCUUUAUUUUUGGAUUUUCUUCCUUUGUGGCUGGGGAACAGUGUUUCUUCUGUCUCACACUAGCUCCUGCAAAUGUUGGGGCCUGGGGGCAACCUCCACCUUUGCCUUAAGAAUCAUGAGUCCUGAUUUCAAGGUACUGGUUUUCUUAUGAACCCAGCUCUCCCCCUGCCCCCAUUCAGUAUUCAGUUUGUAAAACUAUUGCCCCCUGCUGACCGGUUUCUACUGUUCUCUCCAUUCCAACUCCCCUAGUGCCAGGCCAGCACAACCUCAUCAUCUAGCUCUGGCUCCAGUUAAUCCCUCCUGACCCUUGAGAGCUAUAUAUCCCUUCCCUGGUGAGAGAAGCACAAGGGUUCUAGGUUGCUGCUGGUCCCCAGUGGGGGGGGCAUGAAGGCUGCUGGAGAUGGCCUCACCUUCUAGUUUAUGAGCUCUCCUUAUUGGGCCAACCCCAAGUUUUGGUACUUCAAGAUGUAACUUUUACUCAAUUAAAAAAUGCUGCAAGGGG